ACAGUCAGUUGAGCCACCUCUGUUACCCAAUCUCCUGUCCACCCUGACAAACUUCUCCGCAACAUCUGAGCAUUCACGGAGACACAGCGGAGCCCAGAAUCUCUUUCCUUGCGAAACAAUGGGCCGAACGAAAAGUCGAGCUGAGCAGCGCGAUAGCUGGCGUAACACUCGCGAUCAAGAUGCUACCGACAUGCCCAGAAAGAAGUUCUAUCGGCAAAGAGCACACGCGAACCCUUUCUCCGACCACCGGUUGGCUUACCCUCCAAGCCCAGACUGCAUGGACUGGUCAUCCUUUUAUCCGGGCUUCGUUGCGAGCAGAGACGAUCAAACUGCACUAUCAACCCCUGCGAGCAAAGCACUUCCCACAGUAAAACCUCUGACCCAGGAUGUCGAGGUUGUGGACAUUGGGUGCGGGUUCGGCGGCUUACUUGUAGCACUUGCACCUUUGUUGCCCAAUAAACUUAUCCUUGGUUUGGAAAUACGAGCCCAAGUAUCCGAAUUUGUGCAGGAGCGCAUACGAGCCCUGCGAGCCCAGAAUGUCGACACAGCUUUAUACCAAAAUAUCGCCUGUCUCAGGGCCAACACCAUGAAAUUUCUUCCCAACUUCUUCGCUAAAGGCCAAUUAUCUAAAAUCUUCAUCUGCUUCCCUGAUCCGCAUUUCAAGACCCGGAAACAUAAGGCCAGAAUUGUAUCGCCAACGCUAAACUCGGAAUACGCGUAUGCACUUCGUCCAGGCGGUAUAGUUUAUACGAUCACGGAUGUUGAGGCUUUACACCAAUGGAUGGUCGAGCAUUUGGAAGCUCACCCGUCAUUUAUCAGACUCACAGGCGAUGACGAAGCUUCUGAUGAAUGUGUCAAGGUCAUGAAGUCCGAGACAGAGGAAGGCAAGAAAGUUGAGCGGAACAGCGGCCACAAAUUUGUGGCUAUCUUCCGCAGGCUAGAAGACCCCUCUUGGUGAUGGAAGUCGACAAAACCUUCACGAACAGUUUUUGACCUGAUGAAUCCGAUCACGGGCUUACCACAGCCCGAUGCUUGAUGACUUGCAAGCAAGUCAAGCAGGAUGCACCGCGUCUAGGCGGGCUUCGUUGCGCGACGGGCCAACUAUGUGCACUAGGAACAGGCACCUCGCGAGGGGUAGGACGCUGAACCGAUUUCCCUUCGCUCGAGGCCUAAUAGUGUUUCUGAGUUGAACCUGCUACCAUGGACAUGCCUAGUCAUAUGGCUUGCUCACAGUCUACGGCUGCUUUAAAGGGAACAACAUGUGUCUGGGUCUCAGUCUUGGCGAGCCAUAGUGCGUCCCUGGCAUGGAUUUCUUCGGCUGUACGAUAGAGCAAUGCGAAGUACUCAAUUCGAGUUUCGGCUCAAAAAAACGUACACA